AUAAAAUAAGAAACAUCCCAAUUUUAAAAUUUAAUAUUUUUGUUGUAAAUUAUCUAAUAAUUUAAACUUUUUUUUUUUUUUUUUGGGUGGUGUUUUUUCCCCUAAAAAAAGAAUUGGGUUUGCUGUCUAUCUCUCAUCUCUGUGUUUCUUGCUUGUGGAUCAUCCAUCUUCCUGCUUGUUGAAGCAACGGCUGUGAUAAACUGUUAGCUUUGGAUACAAUCCAUGACCCCACAACAAACUUUCUAAAAUUUCUGUCUCUCUCUCUUCCUCUUUCCUUCUUCAAAUUGGCUUCCAAGAAGUACUGCUAGCCUCCAUUUUUUUACAAACCCACAACCAGAAGCUCCUUUCGAGUGUUUUGCAUUUUCCAAGAACUGGGUCUCAUUCUUCAUCCGCUUGUUUUACGUGGGUCUCUUUUGUUUUUUCUCCCUUGGAUAAUAGUUUAUGUGUGCUUGAUCUGCUUUUGCUUCCUUUUCUUUUGAGUUUUUUUGGUUGGUUUUCUGAGUAACUAAUCGUGGGAAUGAAGUGGAUGUGAAAAAAGUGAUAAACUUUGGAGCGAGAAAAAAUGGUUGGUACGGCUACAAAUGGAAGAAGCCGGCAUGCUUUUUCGCAGGUUAAUGGGGCACACGAUAUAGGUCCGAAUAGUGCUCCGGCGAGUAAUGCUGGUUCGGAAUGCGGUGGCUUUGAGUUCACUAGAGAAGAUGUUGAAGCAUUGCUGAACGAGAAACCCAAAAGGAAGGACAGGUUCAAUCUCAAGGAAAAAUGUGAUCUUUUAACGGAGUAUAUUAAAAGGCUUAAACUUUGCAUCAAAUGGUUUCAAGAGCUUGAGUCAAGCUACUUAUUUGAGCAAGAGAAGUUGCAGGAUAGGUUGAUUGAGGCGGAGCAGAACUGUAGUAGAAUGGAAAUACUACUGGAAAAAAAAGAAGAGGAAUUGAAUGCCGUUAUUGCGGAGCUCAGGAAUAAUUAUUCUUCUUUACAAGAGAAAUUUUCUAAGGAAGAAUUGGACAAAUUGGCUGCAAUGGAGUCUCUCACAACUGAAAGAGAGGCCAGACUUAAUAUUGAGAGAUCACAGAAUUCCCUUUCGGAAGAGCUUUCGAGAACUCAACGAGAGCUCUCAAGUGCUAACCAGAAGAUGUCGUCACUUAAUGAUAUGUAUAAGCGAUUGCAAGAUUACAUUGCUAGCUUACAGCAAUAUAACAGUAAACUUCAUACAGAUCUUUCUACUGUUGAGGAUGACCUGAAGCGUACAGAGAAAGAGAAAGCUAGUAUCGUGGAGAACCUAAGCAUGUUAAGGGGUCAACUUACAAUGUGCAGAGCAUCUCAUGAUGAGGCUGUAAAGCAGAGGGAUUCUCUGGUUAAUGAGGUUGCAUCCCUUAGAGUGGAGUUGCAGCAAGUGAGAGAUGAUCGUGACAGCCUGCUACUCCAAGUGCAGACUUUGACUGCUGAAGUUGUGAAGUAUAAAGAGUCUACAGAAAGUUCUUGUUCUCAGUUGGAUAACCUGACAACAAAAACAAAUGAACUAGAGGAAAGAUGCACCUUACAGAGUAAUGAGAUAAGGACAUUGAAGGACCGUCUAAUGAAUGCAGAAGAGAAACUUCAGCUGUCCGACUUAUCUCAACUGGAAACAAGAACAGAAUAUGAGGAGCAGAAGAAUAUUAUAACUGUGUUACAAAAUCGUCUAGCAGAUGCAGAAUCUAAAGUUAUUGAGGGAGAGAUGCUCCGUAAAAAGUUACACAACACCAUCCUGGAGCUAAAGGGGAACAUUCGAGUAUUCUGUAGAGUGCGACCUUUGUUGCCUGAUGAUGGUUCUAGCAGUGAAGGAAAGGUUAUCUUUUAUCCAACAUCAAUGGAAGCUCAUGGACGGGGCAUUGAUUUAGUGCAAAGCGGGCAAAGACAUUCUUUCACAUUUGACAAAGUUUUUAUGCCUGAUGCAUCGCAAGAAGAGGUCUUUGUAGAAAUUUCACAGCUUGUACAAAGUGCUCUAGAUGGUUAUAAGGUUUGUAUUUUUGCCUAUGGUCAAACAGGAUCUGGCAAAACCUAUACCAUGAUGGGUAAACCAGGUCUCCCAGAGCUAAAGGGGUUGAUACCUCGUUCAUUAGAACAGAUAUUUCAAACUAGACAAUCUCUUGAACCACAAGGUUGGAAAUAUGAAAUGCAGGUGUCAAUGUUGGAAAUAUAUAAUGAAACUAUCCGUGAUUUGAUAUCUACAAAUAGAUCAUCUACAGAUGUCUUACGAUUAGAAAAUAGUAACGGUGGUAAGCAAUAUACAAUCAAGCAUGAUGCGAACGGUAACACACAUGUCUCUGAUCUUACAAUUGUGGAUGUUCGUAGUGCUAAAGAAGUCGCAUUUCUUUUGAACCAGGCUGCAAAUAGCAGGUCUGUAGGCAAGACACAAAUGAACGAGCAAUCAUCAAGAAGUCAUUUUGUUUUCACACUACGGAUAUCUGGUGUUAAUGAGAGCACUGAACAACAUGUACAAGGUGUAUUGAAUCUUAUUGAUCUUGCUGGAAGUGAGCGUCUUUCUAAGAGUGGUUCUACAGGGGACCGACUGAAAGAAACUCAAGCCAUCAAUAAAAGUUUGUCAUCCUUAAGUGAUGUUAUUUUUGCCCUGGCAAAGAAAGAGGACUAUGUCCCAUUUAGGAACUCAAAGCUGACGUAUCUUCUUCAGCCAUGUCUAGGAGGAGACUCAAAGACAUUGAUGUUUGUAAACAUCUCUCCUGAUUCCUCCUCUGCGGGUGAGUCACUCUGCUCACUUCGUUUUGCUGCUCGGGUAAAUGCUUGUGAGAUAGGAACUCCACGGCGUCAAACCAAUAUGCGGCUUUCAGAUUCACGUUUGAGCUACUGUUAAUCUUCGAUAGAUAUUCCAUUUUAUUGGAUGCAAAUAAUAUUUGUUUCUUUAUCACUAGUAUUAUAAAAUGAAAGUUGAGAGUGAUGCUAACAUAGGCUUAUUUGUAUAGUGAAGAAAAUACUCUGUACUAGCUUAAGUACAAAAAUUCAAGUUUCUAAUCCUUAAAAAGUUCUGAUUA